GGUCGUAAAUACACGCCUACAUUAUUUUUCCCGCAUGGUGGACUGUCGUUGUUUAUUAUUGUUCCGAUGCAAAGCUAGUUAUAUAUGUGUAGCUGUAUGUAUGUGACUAUGUGGGAUUUUACGGCGUAAUUGUUCUCGUCUUUGAAACAAUGAAAUAGAUGUCAGACGUCACAACCUGUCCAUGAACGAAACUAGCUACUCUUGUAUUUGAGCUUGUUAGCUUGUUAUGCUAGCUAGUUUACAACGCUGCUGGAGAGAAAUGAAGACCUCUAAUGGUAACACCAGUGUCAUGGACAUGUUUGAAAAGGGAAAGGUCCUGAAAAUAUGUGCUCCAAUGGUUCGAUAUUCAAAGCUCGCAUUCAGGUCAUUGGUGAGGAAAUACAACUGUGAUAUCUGCUUCACCCCAAUGAUAGUUGCUGCUGACUUCAUGCGAUCUGUCAAAGCCAGAGACAGUGAAUUCACUACCAAUGAGAGUGACCGGCCCCUAAUAGUGCAGUUUGCCUCCCAUGAUGCCCAGACUCUGGCUGAUGCAGCCUGUGUGGUAGCACCUUUCUCAGAUGGAGUUGACCUCAACUGUGGCUGUCCCCAGAGAUGGGCUAUGUCAGCAGGGUUUGGUGCAUGCCUCAUUAACAAGCCUGAACUUGUCAAAGACAUGGUCAGACAUAUCAGAAACCAAGUGGACAAUCCAAACUAUACAGCGUCCAUCAAAAUAAGAAUUCACAAGGACCUGAGGCGGACAGUGGAUCUGUGCCAGAAGGCUGAAUCAGCAGGUGCGUCAUGGAUAACAGUCCACGGCCGCACAGCAGAAGAACGCCACCAGCCAGUUCAUUAUGAUGCCAUUAAGACUAUCAAAGACAGCGUAUCCAUCCCUGUCAUUGCUAAUGGGGACAUAAAGUACCUCCGUGAUGUGGAGUCGACUCACCAGCUUACUGGUGUUGAUGGUAGACAAAAAAAAAUGACGCUGCAAUGGACUGCUGUGGCCCUCUUUCUCUACGUGGAGAUGGGCAUUCUUGCCCUCCUCUGUUUACCCUUCAUCUCAGCCAGGAGGUGGCAGAUUAUUUUCCAGCUGAGGAUCUGGAGCUGUGUUGCGAGGUUCUGGAACAGAGUGUUUUACACAAUGAUCAUAGUACUCAUUGUUCUCUUCAUUGAUGCAGUGCGAGAGGUGAGGAAAUAUUCAGCUAAAGAACUUGGCACAGAUGCCAGGUUGCAACCGAACAUGUUUGAUCACCUGCACAUGAAGCUUUUCAGAGCCCAGAGGAACCUCUACAUCUCUGGCUUCGCUGUCUUCCUCUGGCUGGUUAUGAAGCGAUUGGUCACGUUGAUUAACCAACUGGCAUCAAUGUCAGGCGCUACGGCUGCUCUUCAGGCGCAGGCUGAGAAUGCUAAUCAGGUCGCCAAGAAAUGCAAAGAGGACAAAGAGCUGCUGGAACAGACUCUGAUGAAAGGCAAGGGUGAUAAGGCUAUCGCAGAGGGAAUGCAGCUGUUAAGAAAAGAAGUGGAGAAACUUGAAGAAGAACUGAAGACCUCAAGAGAUGCCCUGAAGAACUCCAACAUAGAGGCAGAUGCGAUGAAGAUGCAGAUGGAUGGCCUCGCCAGGGAGUACGAAAGACUGCUGAAAGAACAUCAGGAGCUCCAGAAUCUUCACGACAGUGGAAACAAAAAGGACGACUAAUUAUUGUAAAAUCCUUCUUAAGUGUUUACAGCAAAUUAGCUCAAUCCCGAGAGAGCCACUGCCACACAUGCUUUACCUUCAUAUAACACCUUGUGUCAUAGUGCAUAUCAUAAAAACCAGGAUUGGCUCCUCUGAGAUACAGACGUUUGCUAUCAUCAGUAAUGGUUUUAAAGCAUAGAGUUGAAUUUUAAUCAUGGCAUCAGACUAGCUUAAAUGGAACGAGUAAUAUUGGAUGGUUUCCUGUUUGAGCCUGGCGCAGUGUGACUUAGAGGAAUGCUUUUUCAAGUGCACACUCUACCAGGCAGAUUAGUUGUGCGAGGGAAUUGGAGAGAGUUCAGUCAGUAAUCGACCCAGGUCUGAUCACAGAGCACUUAAAAUGUUAAAGAAAUAUGCAACAAGGGUGGAUGCUGUUUUAUGGAUUGUGUCAUUGGUGUUAGCCAGGUGCACACUGUAGAGUGCAAGAUUUGUCGAAAGCUAGUUCAGUGACAGCUAUGAAUGUAUUUUUGAUACUGAGUGUUUGCUUCUUUAUUUCUGUUUGUAUAAGGGACACCUGCUGCACCCACAUUGGUCUGAAAAACAGUUAUGUAAAUUCAGUCUGUACUUUGCAUGGCAGUGCAAAUAUAGUUUGCAUGUACAGUUGCACAUCACACAUUUUUGUUGUAUUCCAGCUGAUAGAUUUGUUUUUAAUCUAGUAUUGGUGGUGAGUCAUUAUGGUUGAAGUUUAGUUUAAUUUCCAUUAUCCAAACAAAGCCUUGCCAUUGUGAAAGAGGACCUCAAAUUGUAAUCACAAGAGGCUUCAAUGUUCCCCAUUUUUUUAUGAUAAAUAAAUAGGUUAUUGGGUUUACCAAAGUAAUUUUUCAAGUCAAAAUUGCAAAAAUGCCUCAUCAAAUUGUGUUUUGACAUUUCUGUCGAAGACAGAUGAAAGUGCCUUGUAGGUGGAUGUAUGUAAUACACUUUGUUUAAUAAAGCUACAAUUCUUCA